AGACAACUCGUUUUACUUUGAAGGGACCAAUGACGGAACAAACACGAAGAACUGGUCCACUUGAGUUCACAAUGCACACGUUUAAAUUAUGUGUACUGACAUACUUCCAGAACGAUUCCACAGUGAUUUGUUAUCAUUAACAACAAUUAUCAUUUGUAAAAUGAAAUAGUUUCUCAAUGUUUGUAGACUAUUUAGUAUUUACAGGUUUUAAUUCCCGCCACUUUCCGGAGUUACACUCGGUGACUAUACAAACAACUGUCCCAUGACCUGAAGAACCAUAAAGGAAAAGCUGAACAACUGUCGUAGAAAUGAUCAAGAAAGCAAUUGCAGUAGUUGUUGGAAUAAUUAUAAUACAGUUUAUUGUAAAAACUCUACAUAGCAUGGAAUUUUUAAAGUAUGUGUAUAACCAUACACCAGGACCCUGCAGAAUUGUUCCUGGACAAGGAAUUGGAUAUGAGGACAUGGAGACAUUACCUAAUGGUUUAACACUUAUUACAUCGGGCCUUGUUAUACCAACAACUUCUCCUACAGUUUGUGAAUACCGUAAGAAGCACAAUGGAAAAGGAAGAAUAUAUUUGUUUGAUUUUAAUAAACCAGAAAAAGGCAUAGAAGAACUGACAAUUGUAGGUGACCAGUUUAACCAGUCAGAUUUUGGUCCUCAUGGUAUUAGUUUAUAUAAAUGGAAAGACCAAGAUAAAGUAACAGUUAUGGUGGUUAAUCAUGGAUCAACAGGAGAUACUAUAGAAAAGUUCCUGUUCAUAGCUAAAGAUAAACAGCUGAAGCAUGUACACACUUACAGAGAUCCAAGUAUACAUUUUGUAAAUGAUGUAGCAAUGGACAGUGAAAAUAGUUUUUACUUCACAAAUUUUGCCUACUAUAAGAAUGGAUUACUUUUCUUAUUAGAGUAUAUCAUACCAUUAGCCUAUGGAAAUCUGAUAUAUUAUGAUGGGAAAGCAUACCACAAACAAUACGAUGGAUUUGUGACUAUAAAUGGUCUGAUGCUAUCACAUGAUCAAAAGUAUCUGUACACGGGAGAAACAAUCCCUCAGAAAUUUCAUUCUUUUACAAGACAGAAAAAUGGAACACUUAGUAGAUACCAGGAAUUUAAUGUAAAAACAGCAAUAGACAACCCAACUUUAGAUAAAGAUGGUAAUGUUCUAGUUGGUUCUCACCCAAUACUAUGGCAACUUAUGGGACAUUUUGAUAAUCCAGAAACACCAGCUCCUUCACAGGUUAUUAAACUUCACAUGAAAGAUGGAGUGGUGACCAAGAUGACAGAAGUUUUCAGUGAUAAUGGUCAUACAUUGUAUGGAUCAUCAGUGGCCUCCUUGUAUAAGGAUGCCAUGUUGGUAGGAACAGUAUACCACAAGUUGAUGUAUUGUGAAGUACGUUACAUUGAUUGAUUGUGAUGCUUUAUUUAUCCAUGCAAGUCAUGACUAAAUAAUAGUCCUAAUGUUUGAAACUUGCUCAUGAAGAUAAUUUAAAAAGUAAUUCUAUUUUGUAACUAAACUCAGAGACAUAUAUAUGUGUCUGCUGAAACAUAUAUUAUUUGCAAAACCAUAGAAUUAGAUAUAGGACAUAAUUUAAUAAAACUUAGAACAUCUUAUAUACAUUAUAUUUUGAUAUAGCCAAUUCCUAAAUGAGUACCUGGAAAUCCUUGAUGAUCUUUUAUUAAGAACAGUAGCUGUCAUUUGAAUACUGAGUUAAAUACAAGUCUACACCUUGUCUUUUAAGUGUAAUCUUGUUAUUGGCUAGUUUAACUUUUGUACUAUGAACAAACUAGAACUGAUAUUAUUGUUUUGCUUGUUAUAUAAUUGGUUGUUCAGCUUUGAACAUUAACUCUUACUAUACAGGCUACUAUUUUGAAGGGUUGUGUACCAUUUUAACAAUUUUAGUUAUAUGCCUCCUAUAUGGAUGUGCAGUUUCAGUUGGUAGCUUGUUUAGUUUCAAAGGAGCCUACAUUAUUUCUGAUGAUUUUCAGCAAUUUGAUAAUUUUUAAACAUAGGCUACCAGGAAACGACAAUUUUGAAGGAUUGGAUUGUAACUUUUUUUUAGUCACAUGAGAAGUUAUGUAGAAAUUUGGAAAAUUUUUAAAAUAUGAAAAAAUAUAUCUGCUUUAAAUCGUUGGAAUGGCUACAUCUGGUUAGAGGACCAGGCCUUGCAGUCAUAAAACUUUCAUGCAUGAUUAUUGUACUCAGACUCAGAAAUCAACCAAUCAAAAUACUAGAUUUGGUGUUUCAAGCACAAGUUUUGUACUCUGAGUACAGAGUAAAGUUUUAUGACCGAGAGCCCAGGUCUACUAAUUAUUAUGAAUACUAAUUUUGGCAAUUUUUGAACUGCAUAGACGUUUAAAUGCUAGUACAACAGUGGAAUUCUGAAGUUUAUAAUCAUGUUAACAGAAACCAUAUUUGAUAAUUUUUCAUAUUUGAAGCUACAUCUCACUUCAGGGAAGAUAUUUGUUUGAUGAUGGAUCACUUUUGUUUCUGUUUUGGUUGCAGCAUUGAGUGAUCAGUAUAUUUUUCUGAUUCAGCCAUGCUGGAUCUAUGUGAUCACUCCGGAUUUGGAGAUGGUGCAAAAUUCUAAGUUGAAGACAUGUCAUGAAAAUAAUUAUGUGUUUCUACGACUUGCAGAAACUUUAUACUCCAUUUUAAUCAUCAACUGCCAACUUUUAAAAUGGUAUUUGUCCUUGAAUCAAGAAAAUGUUGGGCGAACAACUUCUUUAUUUUAGAUAUACACUUGCAUAUAGUUCCUCAUGUAAAUCAAAAUUUAGAUUAAAUUGCCAUUUAUUAAUGUGGAAAAUGUGAUUUAUCAAACUUAGGCAGUUGAUCUAAGAAUAAUGAAAGUGUCUUAUCAGUAUAUUAUGUUCCUGUAAGUCAUUGAAUAAAAUUUGGUUCAAGAUGUGUAUUGAUAUCAAAGUUGAUUCCCACACUUUUUUGAAAUGCUAUUAUUCCCAUUCUUGCAUUAGGCAAAUGAGAUUAUUGAUACAAUACUAGUAUGAUAGACAGCUGCUACGAUUUUCAAACAAUUACACUGAAAGGUGUACGUAUUAAUCGAAUUAAACUCCAGUCAAAUGCAGUCUUAAUUGACAGUUAUAUUAAUAUAUCAUGACAGUUGAUAAUCAUACUGGUAUUGAGGUCAAGAAUUUAUGUAUUCAAUUUAUUACACAUUUAACUGAAAACAAAUUAUCUUUAAAUCAAUAGCAAUAAACAUAAUUGCAGAACUCUUACCUGAGCAUUUUUUGCAAAAGAUUUAUAAGUAUAUUCCUAAAAAAAAAUUAUCAAAAGUAUGGUUAGAAAAAAUGUCAGAAUAGCUACAAAAUUGGCUGAAUAUCAACAUCCAUGAUGUUUUGAUUCAUGUAAAAGACUGACCAAUAUUAUAUGGUUUACUAAACAUGGAAAUAAAGUAGUGCGAGUGGAAAAUGGUGUCCUGCAUAUGGGCACAUAUUUUUGUUUCAGUGCUUGUUUUUCUUCUUUUUGUUUUUAAUUCUGACAAAUUGUUAUAGAUACUAUUACAUUUAUUCAAUUUACAUGUGUUUUAGUAUACAUAUUUUUUAUUUUGUGCUUUAUUAGUGCUCAAUGCUAAGACAUCGCUUCCAUAUUCUUAUGUAUAAUUAAAUGCAUCUCAUAUAGCAAGUAAUGUUUGGUAUAUUAUUAUAUUAUGUAUAAAACUUCUAUCAGAGACCAUUUGCAAAGGGAAUUUUGUCCUUAGAGCAUUAAAAGAAUUAAAUUUGGGUAAGAGCAAACAAUGAAACAUUUAGGGUGGUUGUAGCAGGCUGGUUGGAGGAAUCAGUUUACUAAAACAGAAUGAUUGGUAACCUAAUAUAAGUCACAAGAUUGUUCAACUUUAAAGAAUAUUGUAUUACAAACAACUCAGAGUUUUGGUCAAAACCUACAAAUAGUAAAAGUGAAAGUUGUGAAAAAAUAUUACCACAUUAUGAAUUAUGACAUUAACAUUGAACUUUAGAUCGUGAUAAACAUUCUAUUUUGCUUAAAUGUUUACUUUGAUACAAUGUUAAAUUCUCUAAAUGUGUUGUUUCUUACAAUUUUAGUGAUUUUUAACAUUUAGUGACUGGAAAGGCCACAACAAAAUUAAUUGUGAAGGCAACUUGCUUCUUAAUGUGGAAGUAUAGAAGUGUUUCACUGUUUAUACACAUAUUGUGCCUGUUGACUUUACAAGCUGUCCUGUACUAUUUAAAUUUGAAAUAAAUUCUAUAUAAUAUAUAAUAUGAAUGUAUCCAAAUAAUAACAGAAGGUUUUUGCUUUUAUCUAUUCACAGUUAAGGAAUUUUUUAAAGAAAAGAAUUAAUGUAAAUAUCAUGAAAUUUCAAAUUAAGGAAUGUAAAGAGGCUUAAUUUUUGUAGUUACAUUAGCGUAAUCGCUUAUCAUGGCUAGCUGAGGGAUACAAUCAAGUCCAAUCCGAAGAUCAGGUUACCCGAUUGUAACCAUUAGCCUCAAUAGAUGUAUCCUGCUUUUGUGGCAUUAUUUUCCUGCAUUUAUUUUUUAUCUCACCUUUCUAAGGAACAUGUGAGCUUUUGUCAUCACUUGGCGUCCGUCGUCGUCGUCCGCAGUAGUCGUCGACCGCCGUCGUCGUUUUACACAAUUUGUUUAUCAUGUUUUCUAACUUUAAAAAAUCGUCUCCUCUGAAACUACUGAACCAAAUUAAACCAAACUUUAGCUGAAUGAUUUUUAGGUUAUCUAGAAUGAAUUUUAUGUUUUAUUUUCUGUUUCCUCAGAAAACAUGGCCGCCAUGGCUAAAGAUAGAACAUAGGGUAAAAUGCAGUUUUUGACUUAUAUCUAAAAAAACUGAAGCAUUUAGAUCAAAUCAGACAGGAAGUUAAAGUUUUCAUUAGGUCAAGGUCUACCUGCCCUGAAUUUAUCAGCCAAAUCGGGUAUCCGAUUUUUAGGUUAUUGCCCCUGAAUUGAUGAUUUUCAGGAAAUUUUUCAGUUUUCUGUUAUUACCUUGAAUAUUAUUAUAGAUAAAGGUAAACUGUAAACUUCAAAAAUAUUCAGCAAAGUAAGAUCUACGAAUAAGUUUAACUUGACUAAAAUUGCCAAUUGACCCCUUAAGGAGUUAUUGCCCUUUAAACUUGGGCUGAAUGAGUUUCAGAGUAUCUAGUAUAAGUUUUGUAUUUUAUUUCCUUGUACGUCACGAAACAUAACCUCAAUGGCUAAAAUGGAACACAGGGGUAAAACGCAUUUUUUGCUUUUGAAGAAAAUAUGACAGAUACAAAGAACAUUUAAAUGGCAUUUUUAAGCCACUCAUUAAUAUAUAUUGAAAAACAAAAGUAAUCAUGGAUGAAACAUUUAAGCAAAAAAUUACAGGUGAGUGAUUCAGGCUCUUGAGAGCCUCUUGUCUUUACAGAUGCUUAUUUCAUUUGUAUACAUAAAAAGCUUUUUUAAUAGAUUUAUAGUUAUUUUUUAUGAGUUUUUACACUACUUUUUGAUCAUCAAAGUUUUUUAUAAAUUGUUUGUGAUUAUAAAAAUUGCCAUGACUAAAGUGAUUGUUUUCCUUUGUGUAUUUUAUAGAUUUUACUUAUUUUGUUUCAGCAAUAAUCCAGGGUAGUUAUGUUAGUGAAUACAUUUGGUUAAAUCGCAUAAUUUAAACAUAAUUGUUUAGAUAUAUGAUGAGAGUUAUAUAGGAAAACAUAUACAUUUGAAAAUAAAAGCAUACUUGUUUUAA